CACAGACCUCGAGUCCUCGACAGACGCCCGCCGUCGUGUCCGAAGGGGAAUGAAUCAUCUUCUCCAAGGCUAUCAUAGCGCUCGCAUUUCUCAGGCCACGCCGCCACCGCCUUGAAUCGGAGAGGAAGCAUGGAGGCGGCCGUUUCGAAUCCCUCGAGCAAGAGGAUCGCGCUGGUCACCGGAGGGAACAAGGGGGUCGGGCUGGAGACGUGCAGGCAGCUGGCGUCCAGGGGGCUCAGGGUCGUUCUCACGGCGAGGAAUGAGGCUAGGGGGUUGGAAGCGGUCGAGGCACUCGGACGCUCCAGCGGCGACGCCGAUGUUAUCUUUCACCAGCUUGAUGUCACCGACCCCUCCAGCACCGCCCGGCUCGCGGAUUUCGUCAGGGAUCAGUUCGGGAGGCUUGAUAUCCUGAUCAAUAAUGCGGGGAUUUCAGGUGUUGACCGUGAUCCAGUUUUAGUUGCCAGAGUCAAGGAUAAGGUUGAAGGCAUGGAUGUAAAUCAGAGAGUUGAAUGGAUGAGAGAAAAUUCAAAAGAGACAUACGAGGAAGCCAAAGAAUGUACGAGGACUAACUAUCAUGGUGCCAAGAAUGUCACGGAGGCACUGCUUCCUCUUCUUCAGUUAUCCUCCUCUGGAAGAAUUGUCAAUGUUUCUUCAGGCUUUGGACUGCUGAGAAACUUCAAUAGUGAAGAACUUAGGAAGGAAUUUGAUGACAUUGACAACCUUACUGAAAAGAGACUGGAUGAGCUAUUGGAUUUGUUCCUAGAAGAUUUCAAGGCCAACUUACUAGAGGCACAUGGGUGGCCAACGGAUGGAUCUUCAGCCUACAAAGUUGCCAAAGCCGCCCUUAAUGCAUACACAAGGAUUCUUGCCAAGAAGUACCCUGCACUCCGUAUCAACUGUUUGACACCUGGUUAUGUCAAGACCGACAUGUCCAUGCACAUGGGAGUGUUGACUCCUGAGGAGGGUGCUAGCAACCCUGUAAAGGUUGCUCUCUUGCCCGACGAUUGCCCAACUGGUGCUUAUUUUGAUCUGAACGGUGAGGUGUCUUCUGUGUGAUUAUAUCAUACGAUCUGUUUUGUUUAAGUCCUUACUUUCAGAAUAAGGAAAGAGUUAUACUGUAGUAGGUGACAAUAAAAUGGUUUAGUUUGACUUGUGUACUCAAAUUAUAUGAUGAAGGAGGAAAUAGUAGAGCUUGACCCCGUGAUUUCCUUCUCUCUUUUUUGUAUGGUUUAUCUGGAAACGAUUGCAAUAAACCAUGAUUGAAAUGUUUGGUCA